UGGGUCGGAGCCAACAUGGAGACCUCAGUGGGAUGGGGGUGAAACUGCUGUUGCCGAUUGCUCCUGUUCUCCUGCCGCAUCAUGUUGGUGCAUUUAUUUCGGGUCGGGCUUAGGAACGGUCCUGUCGCAGGCAGGCCGCUGCUCCCCCUCCGCUUCCAGUCAUUCUCGGCCGUCAGGCACUCUGAUGGCCAUCACAGCUCCUACCUCCUCAAGGCCGUGGCCCGGCUGCGGUGCCAGCUCCGGGCCUGCCUCCCUCGAGUGCCCCCAGCUCCCAGCAGAAGCCCCUCUGCCUGGCGCUGGGCUGGGGGAGCCCUCCUGGGCCCCGUGGUGCUGAGUAAGUGCCCCCGCCUCUACCGUGUGGCACUGUGUGAGGCAGAAGAGGCCCGCCCUGCCGGCUCCAAGCCCUGUGUCGUGGAAUCCCACUUUAACUGGAGGCUCUUCUGGCAGUUCCUGCACCCUCACCUGCUGGUCCUGGGGACAGCCAUUGUGCUGGCACUGGGUGCGGCACUGGUGAACGUGCAGAUCCCCCUGCUCCUGGGCCAGCUGGUAGAGAUCGUGGCCAAGUACACAAGGGAGCACGUGGGCAGCUUCUUGAACGAGUCCCGGAAUCUCGGCACCAAACUGCUCCUCCUCUACGGCCUCCAGGGACUGCUGACCUUUGGGUACCUGGUGUUGCUGUCCCGCAUCGGCGAGCGCAUGGCCGUGGACAUGCGCAGGGCCCUCUUCAGCAACCUGCUCCGGCAAGACAUUGCUUUCUUUGAUGCUAAAAAGACUGGGCAGCUGGUGAGCCGACUGACAAGUGACGUGCAGGAAUUUAAAUCAUCCUUCAAACUUGUCAUCUCUCAGGGGCUGCGAAGCUGCACCCAAGUGGUUGGCUGCCUGGUGUCCCUGUCCAUGCUGUCCACACGCCUCACGCUGCUGCUGAUGGUGGCCACGCCCGCCCUGAUGGGAGUGGGCACCCUGAUGGGCUCGGCGCUCCGAAAAUUGUCUCGCCAGUGUCAGGAGCAGGUUGCCAGGGCGACGGGGGUAGCGGAUGAGGCCCUGGGCAACGUUCGGACGGUUCGAGCCUUCGCCAUGGAGCAGCGGGAAGAGGAACGCUAUGGAGCAGAGCUGGAGGGGUCUCGCUGUAAGGCAGAGGAGCUGGGCAGAGGCAUCGCCUUGUUCCAGGGGCUUUCCAACAUAGCCUUCAACUGCAUGGUCUUGGGCACCCUGUUUAUUGGGGGUUCCCUUGUGGCUGGGCAGCAGCUGAAGGGAGGAGACCUCAUGUCCUUCCUGGUGGCUUCGCAGACAGUGCAGAGGUCCAUGGCCAACCUCUCUAUCUUGUUUGGUCAGGUGGUGCGGGGGCUCAGCGCAGGUGCCCGGGUCUUCGAGUACAUGACACUGAGCCCGUGCAUCCCACUGUCUGGGGGCAGCUGCAUCCCCAGGGAGCACCUGCGUGGGUCUAUCACGUUUCACAACGUCAGCUUCAGUUACCCCAGCCGCCCCGGCUUCCAGGUGCUCAGAGACUUCACCCUCACGUUACCCCCUGGCAAGAUCGUGGCCCUCGUGGGCCAGUCCGGCGGAGGAAAGACCACCGUGGCUUCCCUGCUCGAGCGCUUCUACGACCCCACAGCAGGCAUGGUGACGCUAGACGGGUGGGACCUGCGCACCAUCGACCCCUCCUGGCUCCGGGGCCAGGUCGUCGGGUUCAUCAGCCAGGAGCCAGUCCUGUUCGGAACCACAAUCAUGGAAAACAUCCGCUUUGGGAAGCUGGGUGCCUCCGAUGAAGAGGUUUACACGGCUGCCCGGGAGGCCAACGCACACGAGUUCAUCACCAGCUUCCCGGAGGGCUACAGCACCGUAGUCGGUGAGCGGGGUGCAACCCUGUCUGGUGGCCAGAAGCAGCGCCUGGCCAUCGCCCGCGCCCUCAUCAAGCAGCCCACGGUGCUGAUCCUGGACGAGGCGACCAGUGCGCUGGACUCGGAGUCUGAGCGGGUGGUGCAGGAAGCCCUGGACCGCGCCAGCACGGGCCGCACGGUGCUGGUCAUCGCCCACCGGCUCAGCACCGUGCGUGGGGCCCACCACAUCGUCGUCAUGGCCCACGGCCAAGUCUGUGAGGCGGGGACCCAUGAAGAGCUGCUGAGGAAAGGCGGGCUCUAUGCCGAGCUCAUCCGGAGACAGGCCCUGGAUUCCCCACCUCCUGAGGCGCCCAGAGGCCCCAGGAACCGCCACCCCAAUUCCUGAGAGCAGCCCCCUGCAGUCUGGUCACUGCCAAGCAUCAGUGCCCGGGGCCAGGAACUGAGCCCCCAGAAGGGCCGGCAUGCUGGUUGUGGCCGCCCUCCUCACAGUGAGACCCGGCCAAGCGCUGGGCUGGGAGGAGGUUAGGACUGUUCCCAUCCACUCCCCCUCCCGCCGCCAGGCUGCCACCCUCCUGCCAGAGCCAGUGAGUCACUGGGCUGCACACAGGAGGAGGCACAGUCCCCAGGCCCUGCUCUGUUCCUCCCUUUGCCCAGACCCUCCCCGACCCCUCUUGGAAACUGCUGAGUCUCCCCUCUACCUGACCGCCUAACGGCGUCCAGGCCCCAGCUCCGGAGACUAUAAGCCAGGGUCAGGGAGUGGUAGAAAAUGCACGCUGGGGCUCUUCCCCACACCCAUGCCAGCACCUCACGUUCCUAGGCUGGCUUCUGACACCCCUCCGUCCCCACCGUCACUCUGGGCCCUGGGAGAAGGAGCUCACCUCUUGGGCCAACCCCUCAAACCUGUAGUCCCCGUCCUGCGAACAAUUUCUCUUCCCUCACACGGUCCUUAUUUCUAGAGUUCUCCCUCCCCCGAUCCCAAUGGGACAGAUGCCUAGUAGGCCCCGGCCCUCGGCCCUCGGGAGGCAGAAGGAAGGCACGUGCUCUCCGGUCCAGCCUGGCUGUCUCACCACUGCCCCACCUCCCCCGCCCCGUCUGCCACCUGGCCAGAUUGUGGACAGCCCCCUUCUUUGUGACGACACCAGCUUUGAAGGGGACAGAGAAGGCGUUUGGGACACACCCCAAACUCCAGCCACGGGGCACGUAGUGCCAACAGCCACCAAGCCGUUCAGGAAGGGAUACUACUAAGCCCCUUGGGCUGACAAAAUGGAAAACCAGUCCGAGGAGGAGCAUCACUGCCAGACCACGGAGGUUGGGACCAGAGCCUCGCCCUGAAAAAGGACUGGCCAGCCGCCCGCAUGGCGUGAGCCUGUGGCCCUGUGAGUGAGGUGGGACUGGGUUCCGUCAGCUUCUGAGGACCUUUGAGUAGCCGGGGUCUCCCACCAGCCCCUGUGGACUUCCAGAGACGGUCAUCCCUCUUGUCUUGGUGCUGCUCACGUCAACGUCACCUCCCACCAGGCAGCCUUUCCCGUUCACAGCCAUGUGCAGGCUGAGGGCCCCACUGAACCCUGCGCCCUAGGGUGGGCAGAGGAAUUGCCUGUGCCCUGUGUCAGACCUUCAAGGCCAGCCAAGCAUUUUGGAUUUAUCAUGUGACACGAAGGGUGAGGCCAUGUUUCGAGGGGUGGCAGCAACUGCAGCUGCAGGGCGAGCAGAGUUGGCUGCAGCUGGAGGCCAGCCUGGAAGAGGUAGCAGUGGCGCAGGUGUGAGUGCAGGAUCUGCGUGUGAGACCCCGCAGCCUCUUCUGGGUGUGGUUUAGGACCAGAUGCCACUUUGGGGACAAACCACCCAAAAUACUCCAGGGCCAUAGCCGCCCUGUUUUGCUGCCCCACUUCCUGACUGAUCAGAGGUCAUACCCCAGGGCAGCCUCAGCCCAGGAGGCAGAGCAUGGGGUAGGCUCUGGGUUGCUUUGCCACUAAACACCUCCUAGCGCAGCCAAGGGCAGGCCUCAGCGCCCUGGCCAAGUCCACGCGGGCCUGCCCAGCCCCUCCCUUGGGAGAGCCAGUUCCUGCUCCUCCGGCCUCUGACACCAGAUUCUAGGUCUCUCCUUACCCCCUCAGGGUGGCCUCUGAAUCCUGCCUCCCGCCCAGCUCAACUAAGGAAGUAGUGAGAUCCAUGCUAGCCUUCAGCUGGAAGGCAGUGCCAUUGGCCCUGUGUAGCCUUAACCUCGACCUUGGCUCCCGCAGCUGUUCACUGUGGAUUGUAAGCCUGGCUGUGCUUAAUCUUGAAAACUUGUUUUAAGGGUUUAAAUGGAAUAAUCUGUGGUCAAGUACUUAAAAUUCACAAUGCUGCAGCCUCAGGAGGUGGUCACAUCUGUGCAAUAAACCAUGUCAUCCACCCAUUCUGUCCAAAACGUGUUCAUUAAG